CCCGCCCCCUCCCCCACAUUCCCCCCUCUGCACACCCACGCCCUUUGCCCAAACCCCAAACACCCUCCCACACAUCGCCUGCCCCCCGCCCCGUCUGCCUGCCUGCCGCUGCCGCCGCCCGCCCGCCCGCUCGCGCCCUUUUCCCUUCUCCCCCCUCCCCCCCUCCUCCAAGCCCCUCUGCCCAGUCCAAUCCAUGGAAGGGCCAAGCGGCUCGUUGCGGACGACCCCCCCACUGCAUUGCCUUGCCUCCCCCCAGUGAGGGACGCCCGCCUUUCUUCCGGCGCCCUUUGAGAAAUGGGCAUUUUCAGCACAGCGCCCACCGAGGCGCCGGUGGAGGAGAUCGACUACUCAUCCUACCUGCAGGCGGAAGACCCGGAUGAGGCAUAUGAGAUCCUCUGCGAAAUCGGCCAGGGGAGCUUCGGCUCGGUCUACAAGGCCCGGCAACUAUCCACAGGCGAGAUCGUGGCCAUCAAGAAGAUGUCCAUCCAGGGGGAGCAGGGCAGCGAGUCCUGGAUUGAGAUCAUGAAGGAAAUUGCUUUCAUCGCCACCAUGAACAACGAGUCCAUGGUGCGACAUGUGGCCGCACAUUUGAAGAACUCCACCGUCUGGUUGGUGAUGGAGUUCUGUAUGGGCUCGGUGUCGGACGUCCUGGAAGUCCUGCGCGCACCGCUGCUGGAGACCGAGAUCUCGGCCCUUGUUGCCAGUGUCCUCGAGGGCUUGAUCUACCUUCAUGGGACGAAUCGCAUCCAUCGUGACAUCAAGGCUGCCAAUAUCUUGCUCACCAGUCGCGGUAAAGUCCGACUGGGCGACUUCGGCGCCGCAUCCAUGUCUGACCCGGCCAACACCUUCAUCGGGACCCCCUGUUGGAUGGCCCCGGAGGUGAUCCUGGCGAUGGAGAGUGGUCUUUAUACCCAGCGUGCCGACAUUUGGUCCCUGGGCAUCACAUGCAUCGAGCUGGCCGAGCAAAAGCCCCCCCUGUUUGAGAUGAACACCAUGUCUGCCCUGUACCACAUCCCGCAGAAUCCUCCUCCUCGGCUGCAAGCGCCCGAGCGGUGGUCGGCCGACUUCAACCACUUUGUCGAGUCCUGCCUACAGAUGGCCCCCUCCGACCGGCAUUCGGCCCUCCGUCUGCGAGAGCAUCCCUUUAUCAGCAAUUAUCGGGACACCCACUCGCGGACCCUGAAGAUCUUGGUUCGCCGGGCGCGCAGUGCCGCCCAGGCCCUCGAGAAGAACGCCGUCGACGCCAAGACCACCUUCGAUCUGGUCACCUCGGCCGUCGGCCCGGUGCCCAUGCCGCGGAUCACCAUCUCCUCCGACGGUGGAUCGGUUGGCCCGAAUGAUGGCCUGACCAUCAUGAUCGACGGCAAGGAGGUCGACUGCUCCACCCUGGAGGAGGAAUGCCUCGACCGGCUGCUUGCGGCCGAUAGCGAUCUAGACGACACCCAGGAGCUUCGCCGCAAGCGCGCCCGCAGCAAGCCCUCCAAGCCCAAGUCCUCCAGACCAAAGGGCGAGCGUUCCGGCAAGAGUGACCGGCCCCGGAGUGGCCGGUCUCGCAAGCCUUCGGCUGGUGAUGGUGCCACCCCCCGGCCGGCCCCGCUGGAGGUUGAUACCGCCGGCAGUGGCAUCAAUGCUGCCAUGGCCGAAAUGUCCCUCGGAUCAACCGGCAAUGCCCCUGGCAGCGAGGAGGCCUUCUCGCAUGUCGGCAGCGACAAAGACCCACACAGCCCGCCGCCCGACUCGCCGGCGGACAGCCUUUCCUCGGUGGACAGUUCGACCUCCUCGUCAGCCUAUUCGGCCUAUUCCGCAUCCUCGGCCGCCUCUUCAGUUCUUUCCAGUCCCCCCUCCUCGUCGUCGACUUCGUCGCACGUGUCCUCGGCGGCUGGGACCCCCUCGCGUCCACUGCCCCCGGCUCUGACGCUGACGCGCUCCGCCUCUUCCUCUUCACAGGUGGGCCAGUAUCUGUCCUUCUCGGAUGCAGCGGUCGGUGGCGGGCCGCGUUCGCCCAUCGGCACCGGGCUCUCGCCGGCUGCCUCUUCCUCCCUGGCCCGGCGCCAGUCACUGCACUAUCAGCGCUCGCAGUCCGUGGCCACGUGCACUGGCUCCGGCUUCGGGACCGCUGACACCGGGGCCCACCUGCGGUCGUCUGGCCGGCCCAGUGGAGGCGCCUCCUCCGGUCGAAGCCCGACUCCGGGCGCCUCUGCGGCGGAUGGUGUCUUCCGGUCGCACUCGGCCAGCGCCGAUGACGACGGGGUUGGUCUUGGUGGUGACAUGCCCGGCGGCGACCAUCGCGGCCGGUCGCACAGUGUCGGUUCUUCGGUGGCUCCCUUUGCCUCGUCGGAUGUCACCUCUUCGCCGCCGUCCUCGCGGCUGCUGGCCCUGCCCGGGUCGCCGGCCGGGUCAUCGCAACUGUCUCAUGAUUCGGACUUCGGCGGUUCCAGCGAGAUGCAUCUUCAGCCGCUGGCGGCCUCUCGCGACUCGCAUUCCAGCUCCCUGUCCAUUGGAUCGACCAGUGACGCCUCGGCCAAUGAUGACCAUCGCCAGUGGGAGGAGGCCAACUAUGACAAGACCAUCAAGCCGGUCUUCAGGGCCAGCCGUGAGCAGGAGCUCCGGCGAAAUGAUUAUCAGCUCAUGAAGACCCAGCUGAAGGAGCUGAAGCUCCUGCAGACCCAGCAGGGCAAGUUCCUGAAGCAGCUGCGCAAGACCCAUGAUCAGACCCACAGCGAGACCAUUUCUCGUCUGGAGAAGGAGAUCGAGGCCGCCGUCAAGCAGGCCAACUCGGAGCACGAGAAGCUGACCACCCGGCUGCGCGCCGAGAGUGAUGCAGCCCUUCGCCAGCAACAGGCUGCCAUGAAGAACUUUGUCAAGGAGCAGAAGGCCCGGCAGAAGAAGGAGCUGAAGCAGCACCUGUCCCAGCAGAAGACCAUCAUCAAGGACAUGAGCCGGUCCUUCCGGGACUCGCUGACUGUCACCGACAAGGUUGAGCGCCGGGACAUGAAGCAAUACCAUGCCAUGGAGCUGGACGAGUGGACGCGUGUGGCCAAUCUCGAGUUCGAGGGUGCCUGCCAGCAGCAGGCCGAUGUCGAGCGUCGGGCUUUCGCCGGGACCCUGCUUGAGGCGCAGUUCCAGCUGGAGCUGCGACACUUUGAGGAGGAGGCUCGGAAGAAGACCGAGAAUGCCCGGCAUCUGAUGGCGGUGCGGUUGCAAAAUUUCGCCGCCGAGCAGCAGUCCUACGAGAUGUGUUUCAUCGAAGUCCAGCAGGAGUUUGUCAACCAGCAAUCCCAGACCCAAAGCCUGGAGCGGGAGCAGCUGGCCUCGCUUCAUCGGAAGGAGGAUAAGGAGCUGCGGAAGACCCAUCUUCUGGAAGUCAAGGCCCACCCGAAGACCCUGAAGGCCAUCCGCGAGCAGGCGGCCCGAGUCCGGGAGCAGGCCUUGCGGCAGUCGCGCGAGCGCCGGGCGGUUGUCGAGCAGGCUCUGCUUGAGAACGCCCAGUCCAAGGAGGAGCGUCGGCUCCUGUCGGAGGAGUUCCGCCAGGAGUACCUGCGCGUGUCGCAAACCAUCCAGCAGGAGCAUGACCAGGCGGCUGAGCGUCUGGUGGAGGAGGCCAGUGCCCGGUUGCAGGCAAUGCAGGAGCGCCAGCUGGCCGACAUGCGCCAGCGUCACGAGCGCGACCGGGAGCAGCUGAAGAGUUACCAGCUGGUCCGGCGCGACCUGCUGCUGGAGUCGCAGGCGGUCGAGCGUCGGUCGCUGCUCGACCGCCAGGCCAGCAACCGUUCGGAUCUCGAGGCCCAGUUGGCGUCGGAGCUGGACGUCCUGUCGAAGCAGCUCCACCGGGACCAGGUGGCCCUGGUCGCCCGGCACCAAGCCGAGCGGGCCCACCGUCUGGCUGAGAUUUUGGACACUCUGGCCCUCCUGGACAAGAUCUAAGGUCGGGUCUCUUCUCCGUCAUCGUCCUGGCUCUGGCUCUGGCUCCCUUCCGGUUCUUCGGCUUUGUUUUAUACUCUCCGAGUUCCCUUCCUCUCGAAUGGCAGGGUGUUCUCGGUCUUCUCCACUCCCCCAUCCUUCUCCUGCCCCUCCCCCCUCCCCCCCCCUUGACUUGUUGAUGUUGUUUGUGGUGACUGGUGUCCUGCUCUUUUUCCCCAUCGUGCGCAUGCACCCGCGCAUUCUCCUCAUCAGUCCUCCAUUCAUAUCAUCUCUCUCUCUCUCUCUCUCU